CUUCCCUCACGGAAAAAUCCUGUAGCUGAUCCGGGGGCAGCGAGAGCUCCGCCACCUGCCGGGGCAGAGAGCCGCGAGCACCUGCUUCCGUUCUGGGAGUCCAGAGUGAAGCUCAUUGGCUCGCAGAGAUGAGUGACAGGCCCCGAGCCAAUGGAAGGCCAAACUCGCCGAGGCGCCCGCCUAGUACGACUGCUUCCGGUUGGGCAUCAGCCCCUCGGUGUGGGUCGCGAGCUGCCGCCGUCCGGGGCUGAGGGGAAUGGCGGGGUGCCCGCGUCGCCGCGGUCGCUCCUCGCCAGCCCCGCAGCUCGGAUUCUAACCUGAACUCCGUGCGGGCCUGCAGGGGGCGGGAUCGUCCGGCCCACCUCUGCCUCGGGUACGCGCCCACCGGAGGUUACCCCACCUCACACCCGAGGCUGCAGCGGCACAGCGCACACCCGCGGACCGGCUUGUCAGAGCUCGGGCCCGACGGGCCGCGGCCGGGACUGCGGGUACCGAGGUCUACAAGGUGGCGGCCAGCAUGGCCGAGGAGCGCCGGGGGUCCUGGUUCGGCUUCGGUUUCUGCGGCUUCGGGCAGGCGCUGGGCUCGGGGCGCGGGCGCCAGGUGCACAGCCCCGAGCCGCUGCGGACACCGGGCGCGGGCGCCGACGUCCGCCGCGUGAGCGCCAGCUGGAGCUACACCGCCGUCGUGACCCGUGGAGGCCAGGUGCAGCUGUCGGGCGCGGCGGACGGCGCGGCGGGCGGCUGCAGGGACGCGUGGGCCUCGGAGGCGCUCCUCGUGGUGCUGCGCGCCGGGCGGGGGCUCGGGCCCGGGCCGGAGCUGCAGGCCUGGGCGCCGGGUUCCGCGCUGCGCGGGGAGCCCCUGUGGACCCACACGCUGGUGCCGGAGGCCGAGGGGGCAGACGGCGCGGGCGGUGAGGCCCAGGCCGGGGCGCUGCCCCUGCUGCCCGGCGCGCGCGCCUACGUGAGUCCGCGGCCGCCCUUCUACCGGCCUCUGGCCCCGGAGCUGCGGGCGCGCCGGCUGGAGCUGGGCGCCGAGCAUGCGUUGCUGCUGGACGAGGCGGGCCAGGUGUUCUCCUGGGGCCAGGGCAGGCACGGACAGCUGGGCCACGGGACUCUGGAGGCCGAGCCGGAGCCGAGGCUGCUGGAGGCGCUGCAGGGCCUUCCCAUGGCUGAGGUGGCCGCCGGUGGCUGGCACUCCGUGUGUGUGAGUGAGACUGGGGAUAUUUAUAUCUGGGGCUGGAAUGAGUCCGGGCAGCUGGCCCUGCCCACCAGGAGCCUGUCAGAGGAUGGAAAGACAGUUGCAAGGGAAGGUGAAGCCAGUGGACUGAAUGAAGGUGGCCCCGAAGUGAGGAGAACAGCCGGGGGUGAGGAGGGAGCCCCGGCCCCCUUCAUAGCCCUCCAGCCCUUUCCAGCUUUACUGGAUCUCCCCGGGGGCGCAGAUGCAGUCAAGGCCAGCUGUGGCUCCCGGCACACAGCGGUGGUGACAAGAACUGGGGAGCUGUACACCUGGGGCUGGGUGAGACUCACCCCAGCCGAGGAAACCAUUGCCGGCAGCCCAGAGGCCCCGCGUCCGCCCCGCCCCGGCCCUGUGCCCUCACCGGAGAGCCGCGUCGUCAACUUCGUCCUCGUGUUGGUGACACCUAAGGAGCUUUGGAAGGGCAUGCCCGAGGCCAGCGCUGCAGGAAAAGUGAGAGCCGAGCCUCUGGGCGCGGAGCCUGGAGGGGGUAGAUUUUAGAGCUCCCCCAGCGAACCCAAGGUGAUCUGAGGUUGUGCCAAGAUUGGGGACCAGCAGGGGUCAUCCUGGGCAUCUUUUGUUACCUAUUUUCGCUUAGCGUUGUAUCACCCUUGUGCGCAUCCUUGUUCAGUAGAGUUUAGUGUGUUUGCUUUGAACUUUAUGUAAAUGAAAUCAUUUUGGGUGUGUUCCUUUGUGUCUUAUUAUUCUUCUGCCUUGCGCCCUGCAGUUCGUUCAUUUUUAGUAUUAACGGUAUUCCAUUGUGUGAAUACACCUCCUUAUAUAUUCUUUUGUUGGUCAUUUGUUCUUUUAUUGAGUUAAA